AUGCGCAAAAUCUGCGUGAGUGGUGCCGCUAACGGCCUUGAUGGCCAAUGGUUCCAGCCAGCCGUUUUCGAAGAGGCACUCCGCCUCGGCAGCGAGAAGGAUGCCAACGCCGCGCUCUGGCUUGCCGGACGUCUCCCCGAACUGGAGGAUGAGGCCUGGGGUACGGGCCGAGUGGCUCUCCUUGCGUUGCUUCCUCUUCCUCUGCUGAUGACGAUAGUGGUGAUGACGAUCAUAGGACAUGGGAAAGGGGCAUUUGCCUCCCUCUCCGAGGUCACCCUGCAGCUGUCCCUCCGAAGGAGGUGGGACCACCAUUGCCUGCAGGAGGCCCUGCUGAAGGCGCAGAGGCUUCUGGAGCCCGCCGCAGCGGCCGCCGGGGAGUUGGAGGAGCUGGGAACUGAGUUCAUGGAGGCUCUGGACCUUGCCGAGUUCCACGCCCCUCGCGCCCAGCGCUCCGCGGCCGGGGAGAUCGAUGCCCUGCUCGGCGCGCUGGGCCCAGGGCUCCGCGCGACGGCGGAGAAGAAGCUGGCGACGGGAGAGGUGCACAAGGUCGAGGCCCUCCUUGCGACCGUGGGCAGCGCACGGCUGGGAAGCUUGCAGCUCUCGGAGGUUCAGCAGGAAGUGCAGCGGCUCCGCGCCAUGGAGCUUCUAGAGGCCGUGCUCUCCGCAGACUUCCUCCUGGUGGGGUCUUUGGAGCAGCGGCGACGGAAAGUGCGACAUGCCGUCAUGACUGUUAAAACGGCGCUUGCCUCGGACGUGGCGGGACGGACUGCCCGGUCUGUGAAAGCCUUGAUGACCAAGGAGCUACCUAAGAGCUUCUCUUCGGUGGAUGCAGCUUCCUGGACACUGCACGUGCUGUUGGCAUUGCAGCUUCCAGGUGCGGAGGAGGAGGUCGGGCCGACAGUGGCCUCAUGCUUCCGUUCCGCGGACGUUGCGCAGACGGCGAAGAUCCUGCGCGAGACUGCUCUCUUGGGGGAUGCCGCGGCCCUUCCCGACUGGGUCCUGCCGGAAGAGCUCUUGGCACGGAGGCAGCGGCUCCGAGAGGCUCUCUCCGCAGGAGACGAUGAGAAGCUGCAUGGGGCAUGCCAGAGCUUGGUGGAGAUGGGAGGCUGGCAGUUGACGCUACAAUCGCCAUAG